ACCCAAUGCUGAGCAGUCAGCAGCAGUUUUUGUUUCCAGAUCAUUCUCCUGAGCACCUCUCUGGCUGUCAAAUUACUGAGGCCAUCAUAGCUUGACUGGAUUUCUUAGCUCUGGCAUUAACUAACCUACCAAGCUGGGCUGCACUGGUCCUGCGAUGGCUCCCUGUGCUGGCUGCUUCCUGCUGGCGGUGCUGUUUUCUGCCAACUGUAAAGUCAUCACCUUCUUAGAUCCAAUGUGCACUGAGAAAGAAGCCAGCAGAGCAUAUAACUGUGAAAAUUUAGGUCUCAAAGAAAUUCCUGACACUCUACCAAAUACAACAGAAUUUUUGGAAUUUGGCUUUAAUUUCUUACCUACAAUUCAAAAUACAACCUUCAGCAGACUUACAAAUCUUAUCUUUUUGGAUUUGACCAGGUGUCAGAUUAACUGGGUACAUGAAGAUACUUUUCAAAACCACCAUCAACUGAACACCAUCGUGUUAACUGGAAAUCCCCUGAUAUUCAUGGCAGAAACAUCACUGAAUGGGCCUACGUCACUAAAGCAUCUUUUCUUAACCCAAACAGGAAUAUCCAAUCUUGAGUUUAUCCCAGUGCACAAUCUGGGAAACUUGGAGAGUUUGCAUCUUGGAAGCAAUCAUAUUUCCUCCAUUAAUCUCCCAGAAAACUUUCCAACACAGAAUCUGAAAGUCAUGGAUUUUCAGAAUAAUGCUAUACACUACAUCUCUAGUAAAGACAUAAAUGCUUUGGAACAGGUCGCUAACCUUAAUUUCAAUGGCAAUGACGUUAAAGGCAUUGAGCCUGGGGCUUUCAAUUCAAAAAUCUUUCAAAGUUUGAAAUUUGGAGGGACUCUAGACUUAUCUAUCAUAUUAAAAGGUCUACAGAACUCUACUAUUCAGUCUCUUUGGCUGGGAACAUUUGAGGACACUGAUGACCAAGACCUCACUUCAGCCAUGCUUGAGGGACUCUGUGAAAUGUCUGUUGAGAGCAUCAAUCUACAGAAGCAUCAUUUCUCUGGCUUUUCACCUUCCACAUUUCAGUGCUUCACUGGACUCCGGGAGUUGGACCUGACGGCAACUCACUUGCGAGAGUUACCCUCUGGGCUAGAGGGUAUGAGCUCUCUCAAGAAAUUAGUUCUCAGUGCAAACAGUUUUGAGCAAUUGUGUCAGAUCAGUGCUGCCAGUUUCCCAUCCCUUACAGACCUCUAUAUCAAAGGCAACACGAGGAAACUGGACCUCGGUACUAGGUGUUUGGAAAAACUAGAAAAUCUUCGGAAACUUGAUUUAAGCCACAGUGAUAUUGAGGCUCCUGACUGUUGCAACCUGCAACUCCAAAACCUGUCCCAACUGCAACACUUAAAUUUGAGCUACAAUGAGCCCUUUGGUCUCCAGGAUCAGGCGUUCAAAGAAUGUCCUCGGCUGGAACUCCUGGAUUUGGCAUUUACCCAGCUGCGUGUUAGUGCUCCACAAAGUCCUUUCCAAAACCUCCAUCUCCUGCAGGUUCUGAAUCUCUCUAACUGCCUCCUUGAUACCAGCAAUGAGAACCUUCUAGCAGGCCUGCUGGAUCUCCGGCAUCUGAAUUUACAUGGGAACAACUUUCAAGAUGGGAGCCUCUCAAAGACCAACCUACUUCAGCCAGUGGGCAGCUUGGAGACUCUAAUUUUAUCCUCCUGUGAUCUCCUCUCCAUAGACCAGCAAGCAUUCCACAAUCUUGGGAAAAUGAGCCACUUAGACUUAAGUCACAACCGCCUGACAGGUGAUAGCAUCGACGCUCUUAGCCAUCACAAAGGGAUCUACCUUAAUCUGGCCGCCAAUAACAUUCACAUCAUCCCACCCCGUCUCCUCCUCAUCUUGUCUCAGCAGAGCACCAUUAAUUUAGGUCACAAUCCUCUGGACUGCACAUGCUCAAAUAUUCAUUUCAUAAUGUGGUACCAAGAAAACUUGCAAAAACUUGAGGGCUCAGGGGAGACCGUGUGUGCAAACCCUCCAUUUUUAAGGGGAGUUAAGCUGUCUGAUGUCAAACUGUCCUGUGGGAUUACAAGAGUGGGCAUUUUCUUUCUUAUGGUAUUUGUAUUCUUGCUUAUAAUUCUGCUCAUUUUUUCAGGUAAGUCUAUUCUUAGGUGGAAAUACCAGCACAUUUAGUGCUGAAAGUUUCUAGAGAUGGCAAAUAAAUGUUUAGCAAAAUUGCCCUCAA